AGACUGGAGUAAACCGUCCAUGUAUGGGGAACCAGUUGGGGAAUCGGUUUCCGGGGAAUCCCCCUUUACGUGUCGCCAUUGCCCAAUUUUCCGGGGAAUCCCCCUUUACGUGUCGCCAUUGCCCAAUUUGCCACCUCCAAUUGCAACGACGUCACAGCCGUUUUACGUCUAUCUGCUAUAUGGUGGCCAUGGAGUGCAUUAGCCCCACUAGUGUGGCCGCGGUAUGCUGCGCUGAACCUCUGGCCACAGACUGUGGUACCGCGCACUACUGAGGACGAAGUUUUCAAAAAAAUUACGAUGGACAUUCUUCAGAUGUGCAAGGGUAGAAGCCAAGAUGCGAGCCUGGCUUUCAUCUUUAUCCUCACCCUUGCUGUACUGCAAACCCAAACUCAGGCACAUCAGACUACUACUGAGUCACCAUCAGGUAAUGAAUUAUCAACAGGGGAUGAACCACAAAAUGCACCUCCUGUGAUAGUCUCACCUCAACCUGAGCCUAAGUGUUGUAUGGAUGCUGAUUGUCAACGUUAUUGUAACAUUAAAUGCACUCAACAUGGAUGUCUUCCAGAUACACAGAAAGAAGUUUUACACCAAUCUAAUGAUAUAAAAGACCAGUGUUGUAGUACUGGAGACAACUUUGAAAGUACUUCAAGCAGUGGGGGUCUGGGAAUAGUGAAUGGAACAACUGAUGUGACAGACACUCCAACAUCUGUAAGUGGUCAACAGACAGAUCUGAAGACUUUUACUAGUGCGUCACCCAGUAAUGGAGCAACAAUAACGGAGAACAAAGCAACUGAUGUGACGGGCAUUUCACCAUCUGUUCAAAAGCCAGACAUUGAUAAGCGACCCAGUGAUGGACCAUCAUCAACACCAGAGAUUACUUCACCAGAGAUUAUUACACCACAGAAUGGACAAACAUCACCACUUCCGAGAUUCGAACAAGUGCUACUUUGCAUCUGCGUAGGAUUUCUUUUUCUAAUUUUUUGCCUGAUUUUGGCAUUCAUUUUGGUCUACUACAUUAAGCGCUCUAGAAGAGAAACAGAAAGACAGCCAUUGCAAAGACCACUCCAAGAGUAUCCAAAAAAGAACCUGACAGAGGAUUGUAGGCCACGUGAUCCAGAAAGGGGAGAUGGAGGAGUGGACAGGAAUUCGAAGAAUAGAACAUCACAAGAUCCGGAUCCGGCAACAAGUGUUGUGACUUGCCAACGUUGUGGAGUGACAGUGCCAGGUGUCAGAGCUGUGCCAGAGAAUGAGGCCUUGGGAGGACAUAGUGAGACACCUGAAGAAUCGGAAGUAGAACCAGGUGCAUGCGCUACUCCAAAUGGAGCAGCUGCUUACGACCAGCCCCAAAAUCAAGACUCGUCUCAGAAGGCUACAACUGAAAUGAACAUCAGUGUUGUUGGACAUAAAAAUACGAUAUUCAUCUCCACUGCAGAUGAUCAUCAGUGCCACGUGAAUGACAGCUUCAACAGCAGUGACUGUGACACUGUGAGCGAGUGAGAGAAAUUUACCGGCCGUCAAAUUUCUGAUCAAUGAUCUGUAGAAUUCAUCUUGGAUAUCUUGUGAGGGACACUUGCACUUUAAGACUGGUAAUAUGUACUUACCCUUAUAUUUUCAUAUUCUCUGUUUCUAGGAAAAUACAACUACACAAACUGAAAUCAAUAUAAUGUACAUAGAAUCGAUAGGCCCAGAAUUGCCUACACAGACAAAAUCACGAUUUGUUUGCCCUCAAUUUCUUUACUAUUAGAGCAUUUUGUGGGCCAUGAACUUGAAGGUUUGUUAAAAAAAAAUGUGUGUCAGCCAUGCACAGGAUCAGAGGGCAAGCUCAUAUUUCUAUGAAAUUCACAUGAAAUUGGGCCCUAAAAUUGUUCUAUUUUGCAAUGGAGCGCAGGCAUACAUGUACGCGUAAUUAUCACAGAGGUAUAUGACAGGCUAUUAUUUAUCAGGUCUGCACCAUUAUGCUGAUUCACUAAGUAAAUAAUUCACAGUACUAUGCAAAAGUUUUCAAUUGAAUUCGUAAGUCUUUCAUUGUUAAAUACAGAAUGUAUAUUUUUGAAAUAGUUCUUAUAUUUUGGGUUUGGGCAUUGGAUAUACAGAUUUAUUCAAUACAUCCUAAAAAAAUGUCAGCUUAGGCCAAAAAAAAAAAUAAGUCGGUCUCUGAUCAGCACGCGCGUUGAUUUUAGUCACGCGCGUCAAUCCUUUUUUUUCUUCAAAAUGUUCCGCGGUAGCUCCAACAGCGCCCUCUAUUGCCGCACCUCCUCAAUUUUUUUUACCAAAGAGCACC